AUGGAUGGACUCUUGAUCAACACCGAAGAUCUAUACACUGUGGUAACAAAUGAAGUUUUGGCAGAGUUUGGUAAGGGGCCCUUGACGUGGGAUGUGAAGAUUCAGCUCCAGGGCCUUCCUGGACCUCAGGCUGCAACCAAAGUCUUAAACCACUAUCAACUACCUUUGACUUUAGCAGAGCUCGAUGAAAAAACCAUCGAGUUGCAGCUUAAGAAGUGGCCAACCUGUUCCUUUCUGCCUGGAGCACUGGAAUUGAUCAGGUAUCUGCAUUCCAAAGGAGUGCCCAUCGCCUUAUGUACGUCAUCGGCGAAACACAAGUAUGAAGGGAAAACUGGUCACUUGAAGCAAGGUUUCGAGCUAUUCGACGUUAUCAUUACUGGUGAUGACCCUCGUAUCCCACCGGGAAGGGGCAAACCUUUUCCUGAUAUCUGGCAGAUCGGGCUCGCUGAAAUAAACGAGAAGACUGGAUCCAACAUCCGUCCCGAAGAAUGUAUCAUAUUCGAAGAUGGCUUACCAGGAGUUGCUUCAGCCAAGGCUGCAGGAGCGUAUGUUGUGUGGGUGCCUCAUCCGGAUGCUCUAGAAGUUUUGGGAGACACCGAGGCUGUGAUUAGCGGCAAGGGUGAGGUCUUGAACUCUCUAGCCCAAUUAGACAAGGCUAAAUUUGGAUUAUAA